AUGGAGACUACCGCUUUUGGUUUCGUGGAGCGGAGAAUGCAUUUGGCGGAUUCUACGACAUUCCCGUCCUUUAAAAAAAAAGCGGAGACGGUCCAAUCAUCUUUCUUCAAUCGUCCAUCCAUCCAUGGAGAUGAGCUCGCAGGUGCCAAAGUCAUCUUUGAGCUAUUUAUUCAAAGACCUGGAACAAAAACCAUGGACAUGGAUGGAACGGUUGUCGCCAUUCAAGCUUAG